AUGUUGCCCCCUCAUUUACUUCGCUCGAAAGAGAUCCGAUUUGCUGUGGCUGUGCACGAGGCUGUUAAUACGAACAAUUACAUCCGGUUUUUCCGCCUGGCUCGAUUAGCAACAUGUUUAAAUGCAUGUCUGAUGCAUCGUUACUUUGUUCAGAUCCGAAGUCAAGCCCUACUUCGUCUGGCCGCUUCGUUCGCGGGACACCCGAAACGGGAGGUUCAGUAUCCUGUGGAAACACUUAAACGUCAACUGGAAUUCGAGGAUCGAAGAGAAGCGCAUGAAUUUUGCGAAAGUUGGGGUCUUUCUGUGAUCGACGAUUUUGUGAUAUUUGACAAGCAAAUGCCACCCCAACCACCCGAACUUGCUUGGCGUGAACGGAGAGCAUUUCGGUUAAUAGAAAGCAAGCGUGCGGGUACCGCACUAUCCGCCCUGUUCAACAAUGAGCCAAUAAAUCCGAAAGAUGCACAACCUCUACCGGUGCACUCCUCUUUCGACGCCAAUGGACGGUUCAUCGCACAGGCGAAUGAAUCUCUGGACUGGAAAUCAGAACCCAUCGCUCCAUCUGAAAAUGCUUCGAAUGCAUCACAGAUCUUCGGCGCUUAUCACCAAGAGCAGCCGAAAUUCGACUCCUUCCCGACCAGACUGUCGCAACCCGCGCCUCAUUUCUCUUUCUCACCAGCAGGAUCGACUGCAGUUCCUCAAUCCAAUCCCGUUGUCCACUUGAGUGAGCGGGAGAAAGCACUACAGAUGUUGAGCAUUCAAAGUGCAGCCUCAAGUUUUGUGACUGAGUGGAUUUUUGAGGCGCUAGAAUUGGAACCUGUGGCUCGCGAAUCUUUAGCCGCUGAGUACGUGGCCCGUCAAAUCCAGUCCGAAAUAAUUGAUCAAACUCUGCGGUCCGCUUUACGAGAGGUCGCGAAGUCCACUGUAGACGCUGUCCAAACUUCUCGUGUCCGACAGUUAAGCGAUGAACUUUUUGAAUCUAUUCUCAACGAGACUUUUGAGCAAGAAAUCGUUCAGAUUGCCACAACUUUUCUGGCCUAUGAAACUGUCUUGAAUGAAAUCAUCUGCUUAGACCUUCUACCCAGCCUAAUCCAUUCGGUAGCCAGAUCAUGUCUACUGAUUGCAGAAGCUGAUGCGUACUCUGAAAGGACGCUGUUGCGACACUGUUUUGAGCGAAUGCGUGCUUGGAUGUACCAUAAAGCCCAAGAAGACCACGACCGUGCUUUGCUCCGAUCCAUGCCAGCCUGUCCGUCCACCACGUGGGAUGCUCUCCGUCUUACUGGUCUGCAAACUGCGAGCACCAGAAUAUGCGCGUUACGUCGUGCGCGGUCAGGUCACGAAACUGGAACUGCGCAGAACUCAGCCUACCCCGGGCGAUUUUCCGUUUGGGCUGACGCAGUAGAUCAUCAAAUGACCUGGUCUCCGCUCACUCCAUCCAAUGCAUUUAGCAGUCGGAUAAUCGGCAUUUACCAGCCCUCUUGUUCCGCUCAUUCACCGUCUCUUACUCAUCGCCAGUUCUGCGGGACUGUUAUACCUUGGCUUCUGUUAAAGCUAAUCCGAUUCAAUCCUAUAGUGAUCGACGAGCACAAUGCCACUCUUCCAAAGGACUUGUUCGCGGUGUUGUCCUUGGGAAACCUAUCUCCUUCUUUCGCUAAACAAUUUAGCGAACAGUGUGUUCCCGUCCUACUCCUCCAACCCUCCCAGUGGGUCGAGCCCUUGACUGAUGCGUCGAAGUUAUUUUCAUUAAAAUGUAAGCGUCUUACACUUCCCUGUCGGGAGAAUGGACAGUUCGUCCCUCAUCUUGGUUGGGCUAGUGUUCUACAAACCGGAUUAGACUGGUUGAUAUCGACCGUCACACCACAGCUCAGCCAAUCUCUUCAUUGUGAUGCGGGUUUGCGACUAAACAAGAUUACAGUGUCACAAAUACCAUCACUACGGCUUCGACCAACCGAACUGAUCCGCCAUGUAAUUGGAUUACGUUUCAUUCGACCCAUGACCAUACUGUCUCGUGACUGGUCCUCUCGUGGAUUAGUGGAUCCGUCGCUUCAAUCCCUCGUUGAUGCCUAUCAAUCAGUUCUGACAAAUAUCCUCGAUCGUAUUCACGAAGUUCCCGUUCGCGAUCAAAUCGAACGACUGUUGGACCUCCGGACUGUAUUUUUUUCGUUGUCCCAUAUGGCUUCAGUCCGUACCCAAGGAAAUGCGUGGAUUCCAGUGAUGGGUGAAUGGCGCGUUUGUGCUGAGAAACUCGCUCUUUCCGCGGAACGCAUAGAGACUGUGGAAUUAGCUUUUCAACAAGCACAAAGGACAUUCGAAUACCGCAUCCGACAGUCCAUUCUACACGGAGAUAGAUUGGAAAUCCUCCCGCACCCGACUCUUGCUCCUUGGUUUCGGAUGUUCAUGGUUGUAGUGCGAGAUCGUCUGGACAAGUUAGUGAACAGUAAUGUGAUGCUGGUGCCCGGACUCGAAACGUUGCAAGCUCUGGUUGAUGAGCUGAGUAAACUGGAGUUGUGCGAGAACGAUCAAUACGAGGGCUCCACUCUGGCUUCACUUGCCGUGCAUUUUUCCCAAUCAGGUCAGCCCGCUGCAUCCGUUGCGAUGGCGGUUGAACUGUCGUUGGAUGCGCUUCGUAAGGAACAGAUCACCACCGCAUUGAAUAGUUCCGCACACGAAAGUUCUGCUGCAUCAGACUUGGAGAUGAAGUUGAAUAUGCUUGCCCAUCGUUUGGACGAUGUCGAGUCGCUCGUGUCACAAACUUUACAAGAAACAGAAACCCAUUCACUGACUUGGAAACGCACUCAAAGUCUUUCUCGAAUUCGCUCCUCUAAACGUGAAUGA